GCCCGCGACGGUUUCGUCAGUAAUUUAUUAAGUUACUUGAAAACGCAAGCAGCUACACAACUAAUCCUUUCAUAAUUAGUUUAUCUAACAAAUUCUACAUGAAUUGUCGUUAUUAUUAUUAUUUCUAUAGUUGUUUCGGCUAAUUAAUUAAUAAAUAGAUAAAAUUCCUAUCUCUAAUUCGGUGUGCAACGUUAUACAACAGUUAUAAUUGAAAAUGAGUCAGUUGAACAUUGGCCAACUACAAAGCAACAUGCCAUUCACAGCAAGCUCCAAUACACUAAUUCCACCAAAAAUGUCUUCAAAGGCAAUCUCCAACUCAAAUCUCAAGCUGAUCAACACCCUAAAGCUUUAUUUCAACAAAUUCACCUCUGAUAAAUCAUUGCAGAAUGCAGUCAGCAAAGAAGUUGCUAGUAUGCUACAAAAGUACCAGCCAAGUGUGUAUGGUAAUGAAAUUGUAAGGAAUUUUGAUUCAUCUGCAGUCACUGCAAAUGAUCUGGUCAAGAAUAAUACUAGCACCAAAGCAAAAACUGAUGUGAAGAAAUCAGAGUCAAGUAGCAUUGGUAAUGUUAUCAAUGGCAUCUCAAUGAAGUUGAAAAUCACAAAAGAGGAACCAGCUGUACCUGCCAUCACAGAAGUACUACCAAAGUGGAGAACUGAGGCACCUACAAUAUCAAGAUCAUCAAUUCAAUCAAGAACCACACAAAUUAUUAAUAAUAUUACCACUGCUGGAACAGAUGAGGGAAGAAUUAAACAUGUUUCUGAAUUGGGGCAACAUUUACAGCUUUAUCCAGAUGCUAAAAGUGCAGCUAUUAAGGAAGGUGCAAUCAGAUUAUUAUUAAGAAUUGAAGAACGCACGCGUAGUAAUCUUCUAGUCGGCGCAAUCAAUGAAGUUUUCGCUUUGCUUGGUCACAUGAAACCGCUACCAAACCGAGGAAUUCGCAUUUUAUCAAUUGGGGGAGGAGUACGAGGCAUAGCAGUUAUUGAUAUGCUGCAUAAAUUAGAAGAGUUAACUGGUAAAAGAGUCUAUGAAUUGUUUGAUUAUAUCUGCGGAGUGAGCACGGGUGCAAUUCUCGGUUGUUCAUUGGGCGCAAUGCAAAAAUCCUGCGAUCAACUACGUAAAGAUUACAUUGAUAUUAGCACGAAAGUAUUUACGCAGUCUGUGAUCAAAGGAUCUAGUAGUUUGGUGUGGAAUCAUUCCUAUUACAACACUCAGAUGUGGGAGCAGGAAAUGCGCGGGCAAAUGGGCGAAGUUUCCCUGCUCGCGACAAAUCGUAUUCCAAAAUGCCCGAAAAUCGCCACUGUUUCUGCAGUUGUCAACCACGAGAGGGUUUCCGCUUAUGUAUUUAGAAAUUAUGCGUUACCAUGGCGAGUGCAAUCACAGUACAUGGGUAGUAUGGAUCAUAAGUUGUGGGAAGCUACAAGAGCAUCAGCUGCAGCGCCGACUUAUUUCGAAGAGUGUAAGUUGGGUAAUCUCGUUCAUCAAGAUGGCGGCAUCUUGGUGAAUAACCCAACUGCUGUGGCGAUUCACGAAGCGAAAUUGUUAUGGCCAGAUAGUCCAAUACAAUGCAUUGUUUCCUUUGGUACUGGACGCACUGUCUACAAUCCAAAUGAAGCGGAUGAAAGUACUACCACGGUGACAUCUUGGACGAACAAAUUUAGAACUCUACUUGAAAGUGCAACUGAUACAGAAGGAGUUCACACAAUGUUGAGUGAUCUACUUCCAAAUAAUGUCUACUUCCGCUUCAAUCCGUACCUGACUGAGAUGGUGGGCAUGACAGAGAUCCAACCGCAGAAGAUUGAAACCAUGGAGCGCGACGUUAUUAUGUACCUGCGCCGCAAUGAGGAUAAGUUUCAACAGGCCGCUGAGUCGCUGAUGCAACCGCGAACGUAUUUGCAGAAAGCCACUGAUUAUCUUAAUAAACAGCGGGAGUUUCUGGGAUUGCCGAGUAAGUUGUAAGCAAACUUAGCGCAGCAAUCAGCGACCAUUUCUACUGUAUUAAUGAUUAAUAUUAAAUUAAUGGCAUUCCGCAUUUAUUUCGUACUGGGUGUUUGGAUGCACGAGGUUUUUAUCAAAUUGACAAAAAGGAAAUUUCUAGUAGAGUGAAAUUAGCUACAUCUGUGAUUUCAUAUUUAUUCUAUUUAAUCUUGUUCUGUAUGUUAUUAGUUAGUGAUAUGAGAAUAUAUUGAAUGGUUACCAUCUAAAUAUUAAAUUAUUAUUAUUUAUAUUAUAGGAAUAUUGUAAUAAAUAUGGUAAAAAAUCAAGAAA